AUGUUAGUGACUCAGUAUGUAGCCAAGUUUGAAGAGCUGGCUCGAUACGCAGCCCGAUACGUCGCAGAUGAGGGAGAGAAAACACGAAAAUUCGAGUGGGGUUUAGACCCUAUUAUCAGAGGUAAAGUGUUACCCUUGCGCCUCCCUAUAUUUGCUGAUGUGGUGGAUACGGCAUUGGAUGCAGAAAGAGAGUGGGCAGACUCAAAAAGGAUUUGGAUGAUGAAAACGAAGAAAGGGGGUCAGUCCUUUGUAGGGCCAAGAAGAAAUGACCGAAGGAAUGUGAUAGGGCACAAAAAGUCGGAAUGUCCCCAACUUUCUGGGAUGGGAAAUCAAGCAGGGGGUUCAAGGGCAAAUGCUCAAGAUAUUGGCGAGCAGAGGCCAUGGACGAACAAGUCAGGAGGAAACCGAAAGGUUGGACCAACCGCAAGUUUGAUCAUUAAUGAAGAAGCCCAAUCGGAAUCAAAUCUUCCGUGUGUAGUUUGUGAAUAUGCUGACGUUUUUCCUGAGGAAUUGUCAAGAUUACCGCCACAUCGUGAAGUAGAUUUUAAUAUCGAGUUACAAGCGGGUACUGCACCGAUAUCCCUGACGCCCCACCGUAUGGCUCCUGCUGAACUUCGAGAAUUGAAAACGCAACUACAAGACUUACUGGAAAAGGGAUUUAUCCGACCAAGUACCUCACCGUGGGGCGCACCAGUUCUAUUUGCAAAGAAAAAUGACAGAACACUAAGAUUGUGCAUAGAUUAUCGGCAACUCAAUCGGGUGACGGUCAAGAACCAAUAUCCACUUCCACAGCCCAAGGAGAGGGUGAGAGAGGGAGAGUUGGCUCAAGGGAAGUAG